AUGGGAAAGAUCAUAUUCUACGAGGACAGAAAUUUCCAGGGUCGGCACCAUGAGUGCAUGAGCGACUGCGCCGACCUGCACCCCUACUUCAACCGCUGCAACUCCAUCAGGGUGGAGAGCGGCUGCUUCAUGGUGUAUGAGAGACCCCAAUACCUGGGCCACCAGUACUUCCUCCGCAGGGGCGAGUACUCCGACAACCAGCGCAUGAUCGGCAUCAAUGACUGCAUCCGCUCCUGCCGCAUGAUCCCCAUGCACCGUGGUUCCUACAAAAUAAGAUUGUACGAGCGUCCAGAUAUGGGCGGCCAAAUGCAGGAGGUCAGCGACGAUUGCCCCAACGUCCAGGACCGCCUGCGUAUGUCUGACAUUAACUCGUGCAAUGUGGUUGACGGCCAAUGGCUGAUGUACGAGCAGCCCAACUACAGGGGAAGACCCUACUACCUGAGACCCGGCGAAUAUCGCAGAUACAGCGACUGGGGCGGCGCCAGCCCAAGGAUCGGCUCUCUCAGGCGAAUCACCGACUUCAACUAGAAUUCUUUCUUCCACUCUGUUCUCAAUAAACG